CGCCGGAGGAGAGGGGGCGGAGUGGCUCCGCGCAUGCGCAGCCGGGAGCCCGCGGAGGAGCUGCCGUUGCCGCCGUUGCCGCCGCCGCCGCCAUGCCGGGGCUGCUGCUGGGAGACGAGGCGCCCAACUUCGAGGCGGACACCACGCAGGGCCGCAUCCGCUUCCACGAUUUCCUGGGAGACUCAUGGGGCAUCCUCUUCUCCCACCCGCGGGACUUCACGCCCGUUUGCACCACGGAGCUCGGCCGGGCGGCGAAGCUGGCGUCCGAGUUCAGCAAGCGCAACGUGAAGAUGAUCGCCCUCUCCAUUGACAGCGUCCAAGACCACCUCUGCUGGAGCAAGGACAUCAAUGCGUACAACGGGGGGCAACCCGAGGAGAAACUCCCCUUCCCCAUCAUUGCUGAUGCGAACCGGGAGCUCGCCAUCAAGCUGGGCAUGCUGGACCCAGAUGAGCGGGACAAGGACGGCAUGCCCCUGACCGCUCGCGUGGUGUUUGUUUUUGGCCCAGAUAAGAAGCUGAAACUCUCCAUCCUGUACCCAGCCACCACCGGGAGAAACUUUGAUGAGAUCCUGAGAGUGGUGGACUCGCUGCAGCUGACGGCGUACAAGAAGGUCGCUACCCCCGUGGACUGGAAGCCUGGUGACAGCGUCAUGGUUGUGCCCACCUUACCUGACGAGGAAGCCAAGAAGCUCUUUCCCAAAGGAGUCUUCACGAAGGACCUCCCGUCGGGCAAGAAGUACCUGCGUUACACCCCGCAGCCAGAGUGAGCGGUUCUGCCCAUCCAUCCCGCUGGGCUGCAGGUCGUUCGGUGCCAGGAGCCUUCCCCGUGCCCAGCUCCUGCCUCCCUGACACCGCACAGUCAGCAGCCUCGCACCGUCACACUGAUGGUGCAUCACAACCCUAAGCCAGUCCUUCCCCCCCCCCCCCCAUCCCUUUCAUCCCCCACAUCCUCUCAAAAUUAAAACCCUGGGUGUUUUCUUGCCUCGAAUCAGCCCUGCAGGGAAGCAGUUAGCAGACCAGUCGGGGCUCCAGGGCUCGUGCUCUGGAAUCUCUCCUGUUCAGCACCGGCCGAGCUUUCCUCGAGGCACGGUGAGAAGCGUGGGGUCAGCAGCCAGGCCCCAGAGGGGUGUCCUGGGCUCACACGCCUCCCGUCGGGGAGCUUCGCGGGCUCCCAACUGCUGCGUGCCUUUCGGAGCAGCCGUCACUAAUGCAUUAACACCUUUGCCUGGUCCCGUGCGUAGGGGGGGAGCUGCAGAGCCAAAUCUCCCACUUCUUACUGCUUUCCCAUCUCUUGCUGGAAGUUGUUUUCAAGUUUUAUGGAAGAGGGAGUAGAGUAAAUAAACUGAUCUUCAGCACUA